AGGAGGGGUCGACUGACGGAGGGAGGUACAGAAGGAAAAGGAGUGGCCUUCUGCAGAUAGCAGCCCCUCUCUACCGGAGUAAAGUCUUCUCUCUGAGGCAGCUCAUAGGAGGGAAAAUAAACCAGAGAUUUGGGAGAUACAGAACGGGAAAGAAGAAAGAAGCAAAGAGAAAGCGCAUUUUCUUCCAGGCUGCGUGAGACUUUUGUACAUUCAUGGCAUCAGCAGCUCCACCAAAAAGGGUGGUUUCUUCUGUCUUCAUCACUCUGGCUUCUCCUCACCGAGCCACCGUGACCCCACAGCAGCAGCCUGCCCUUCAAGCCCACAGUGCCCCGGCUAGAGAGAAACUGCAUCCUGCUGUAAGAGUCAGCCCAGGUGACAGCAUACCUGCCCUCAGGCACAGCAGAGAGGACAAGUCACCGCCGUCAGAGUCUUAUGGCGGCCUAAAGAGCAAAGGCUUGACUAAUGCGGGGUCCUCGGCCCUGGUUUCAGGCCCACAGAGCCACAAUCCCCCCAAACGUGAACCAGGCAAAACACAGCUUCAAGAAAAAAAUGACCAGAGGAGUUCAUCAGAGCUUUUCCCUCCUCCUCCCCCUCCCUCUGAUGCACCGCCUCUAUGUCCGGGAGAGUUGCCCUCUGAAGAAUCAGCACUUCCACCACCUCCUCCAGCCCAAGAGUCUUUCCCCCACCCCGUGACCCCAGGCCAGCAGCCAGUUUACAACCCAGAGGUGAAAGCAAGAACACCAUCUAGUGGGUUAAGCUCAGAUGACCAAAUCCACAGGAUCCACCAAAACAGCCAAGACAAAGAGAGCAAAGAUCUGUGCGGCUUCUGUCGAAAGCCAAUGGCUCCUUCUGAACCUGCGAUAGAGGCCUUAAACAGGACUUACCAUGAUGGCUGCUUCCAGUGUAGAUCUUGUCACAUUCCCUUGGCUGGUAAACAGUACUACAACAAGGCCGGGAUCCCGCUCUGCGAAGACUGUUACCAGCUUUUUGAGAUUAGCUGGACCUGA